AUGACCAUUCCCUCCGAUAUCCUUGCAGCCUCUGCAGCAGGGAGAAUCCCCAGCGAUGUCUCGCUGGAUUACCUAGCAGAGGACCGCGAUCGGCCUGCUAUCAUUGGCAUCAUAUUCAUGAUAUGCUUCACAGGUCUCGUGAUGAUUGUACGAUUAUAUGCCCGAGCAUUCAUUGUAAAAAGGAUCGGCUUGGACGAUGCAUUAGCCAUCGUGACGUUGCUGUUCUAUAUUACCUUCGCGGCCCUCUCCAUUGUCCUAAUCAACAUGGGAAGCGGCCGACACAUGGAAUACAUCCGAUAUGUACUUCCAAUCGACACCGUCCGGGAUACAGAGGUUUUCGAUUUCGUAGCCCACAUCCUCUAUACAACCGCUCUUUUCCUCUGUCGUCUCUCCGGUCUGGCCUUUUACUACCGGCUCACGGCCCCCGCAACAAAACUCCGCAUGAGCAUCCUCAUAGCGGCACCACUGCUAUUCGCCGCUUACCUACCCCAACUCUUCCUCCUGAUCUUCCACUGCCGACCAGUCACAGGCCUAUGGCCCUACGAAUGGCAAGUCGAGCCAAGGACCUACACAUGUCUCACAUGGGGACUAGUCUACUCGGUGAACUCAGGCGUGUCUCUAGCCUGCGACGUGGUGAUGUUCACCAUUCCCGCAGCUCUGAUCAAGGGUCUGCAAAUCUCAACAGAGAAGAAGAUCAAGCUAUCCUUCGUCAUGUUCCCAGGUAUCUUCGUAAUCGUUAUCUCCGCCGUUCGCGUCUGGCUCGUAGCAGCCGGCCAAUGGGCCGAAGACGGCAGCUGGGUCUACAACCCCAUGAUGUGUGUCGAGAACGCCGAAAUCGCAGCAACGCUCAUUGCGCUCUCCAUCCCAGCCCUGAAACCCGUUUUCGGGAACGUCUUCUCGCAUAUAGCGGAGUAUACGACUAAUACGCGCUCGCACACCCGCUCUACCAAGUUGCACACCCGUGGACAACAUUCGAAGACAACAAGCAGUGGUGUUGCUUCCGGGAACUGGGACAACAAGCGGCUUCUUCACUGGUCCAAAAAUGGGAAGGAUGAGUACGAGAUGAUGGCUUCUGAGGUUUCGGUUUCGCGAGAUAUUAGGGGUGGAUCGAGUGGUAGUGCAAGGUCGAGUGAGGAGACGAGGGCGGUGGUUCCUGGUCCUGGGAUCAGGGUUACGAAUGAGGUUGCUAUUAGUCGUGGACAGGUGGAGGAGGGGAGGGUUGAGAGGCCGGGUGAUCCUUAG